AUACACUACUGAGUUGCCCGAUUGUUUUGCCAUCUACAUACUAGAAAAAUCUACGGAAUGCAUUAGUAUUAUAACGUUACAACCGAUUCGUCGGAAUAGUUGAUUCUUAUGGGUGUUCGUUUCGAUGGUUUACGUGUCAUAAGAACGUUUCUGGUGAAAGUUUGACACGCGCAAAUUAUUCAUAUUUUUAUACGGAAAAAAUGUUGCUAUUAAAUUUUUAUUUUCAAAUGGCUUGGACUUACGUAGCCUCCGUUGGUUGGUACAUCGUUGCUUUAAUAGGAAUAAUAUGGUAUACUUAUCCGUAUAUUCAAGAUAAAUAUACAAAGUGGAAAAUAAAGAGAGACGAGGCAGAAUAUGCAGCAAAAUAUCAUAAGAAUUCUGAUCUUCUACAACAGAGAUUAUUGGCGGUGGAAUCGUCUAGGCAAAAAAUGCAAGAACAAUACAUUAAAUCGACAUUAAUAGCAAAAGAAAAAGAGGAAGAGCGCAAGCAAAAGAAAAAAGAAGAAGUUCGUAAUUUGUUAGACGGUGAUAUUGUGGGCCAUGGAAGAAAAGACGAACCCUCUACGUCAAAUGGAACGAAGUCAAAGUCAGGGUAUAAUCCAUUAAUGGGAGACGGUUCUCGAAGCUAUAGGCCACCCAAGCGCAGUUGUUGUGGAAAGGGUGGUUGUGGUUAAUUAUUUGAAAAAUGUGCCAUAGACUCAUUUUAAUCAUUUUUUUUUCUUUUUUUUUUUUCUUUCUUUUUUUUCUUUUUUGUUUUCUUUUUUUAUCCGUUAUGCAAGUUUCUUUCUAUUAACGAAAAAUUAAGAAAAGGUGGCAGUUUAUAUGUAACAAGACAUAUUUAAAUAUGAAAAUAAAUGUAAGUAUACAAAUA